AUGUUUCAAAAACAUGGAGAGAAAUCAACGAAGAUGGACGUGGGGAAAAUAAAUGAUAACGUCCUGGAACUAGGCUAUGGUCGUGGAAAUGCAUUGAAGUACUGCUUCGACAAAGUUGCAAAUGGAAAUGGUGCGGUUUUUGGGAUUGAUCGAUCUUCAUAUAUGGAGGACUGCGCUCGGUACCGAUUCGCUUUGGAAAUAGCAGAAACUGGGAAGAUCAGGCUCGAUCGUGCACCAGACUUGCGCAACCUACCAUAUCCCUCCGAGGUGUUCAACCAUAUCCUACAUGUUGAUUUUUAUUAUUUCAUUCACCAUGAAAUAAUGCCGUAUAUCUGUAAAGAAUUAUGGCGUGUUUUGAAACCAGGUGGAACGGUGAUUUGUGGAAUAAGUUUUGAUAGGUUGAAAAAGUUAUCACAUUGGGGUUUACUUGAAGAUUCGCAGUGGGAUCCAAUGAGAUACAUGAUUUACUUGGAACCUGCAGGAUUUGUGGAUGUCAAUAUCGAAUACAAAUCACGCUCUAAAGGCAAUCAGUAUCAGAUGAUAUGCGCUCGUAAACCGCAAAUUAAUGAGGUACGAAGUUGUGCAGUCGAUUUCUAUCUGUUUACUUAUUUAUUAAUACGUUGA